CGGCCACACUAGAAAAGAAAAACAACAAAAGAGCUAUUUCUUUAUGGUAAUUUAAAAAGUCAUGUAGCAAACAAAAAGAUCAGCGAAACAAAGCAAUGUCACUGCGUGCUUUAAGGAAAAGAGAUAACGGCAGUGGCUACGGCAAUACCAAUAACAACAACCAUUUAGCACCUGUAAGAACUUCGCCAGCAAAUCUCUUCAAGAAAGCCAGCACAGCAACAACGUCACCCAAGAAGUCUCUGCUCAAGAGUGGAAACUCCAAAGCCACCAGCGGAUUGAAGCUGUUCCAGCAAAAGAAGCUGCUCGGUCGCAAGUGCCACUCGAAUCCCGACCUGCGACAAGGGAGGAAAUACCAAAACAACAACAACAACAGCCUGUUGCGCAGCAAAUCGGAGGGGGAUGUCAGUGUAGUCCUGGCCAGCAACUCGGGUGCUCCGUUGACAGUGGCCAACGCCAAAUCAGAGGUGUGUCUGCAGCGAAUCAGCUCGCAUAGCUACGAACAACCGCCUGUAAACAGAAGUGAAAUGCUUGGUGGUGCUCGUUCCCAUCGGGAUCUGACCCAAUCUUCCUAUGGCCACCAGACUGGAGGACAUGCAUCUGUGGACUUGGAACCACCCAGCACUAGAGCUCCGCGUCGCAUGAGCGAGUGCAGCCUGGGCUACAGCCAAACCAGCUCCCGCCACACCGGCUCCAACUCUAUGUUCGCCAGCCAGAUGACCCUCUCCUCGGGAUCGGCGGUGGUUCCUCCCGUGGAUCCCAAUGCCGUGCUCCGAGUGCCCAUCAUUGGCUACGAGGUGAUGGAGGAACGAGCACGCUUCACAGUCUACAAGCUACGCGUCGAGAAUCCGGAGACCAACGACUGCUGGCUGGUGAUGCGACGAUAUACCGACUUUGUGCGGCUGAAUGGCAAGCUGAAGCAAAGUUUUCCCAAUCUCACGCUUAUGCUGCCGCGCAAAAAGCUCUUCGGGGACAACUUCAAUGCCGUCUUUCUGGACAAUCGAGUGCAGGGCCUGCAGAUCUUUGUCAACUCGGUAAUGGCCAAAGAGGAGCUGCGCAAGUGCAAGCUGGUGAGGGAGUUUUUUUGCCUAGACGAGCCGCCCUCGUACUCCGAGUCCAUGGAGGAGUGUCGGGCCAUUUUCGAGGCCCAGGAGGAGACGAUCGUUCAUCUGAAGCUGCAGAUACAAAACAAAAACGAUCUCAUUCUCAGUUUGCAACAGAAGCUGCGCGAGGAGAUGAACGAAAAGGAGCAGCUCAGGGAGGCUAUGAAAAACUUGGACCUCAAUUGCUCGCACUGCUCUUCGGCCAAUGACAGUCUGGGACUUAAGUAGACCCUCGUCGAAUCCAGUUGGAAUCCUAAAAAAAAUCCAAGUUGGAUGUGCCUGUGCGUACUACAUUAUGCUGAGCAUAACCCUACGCACUUGCACCGCUCGUGGAACGCAUCCAUAUCCAAUCCAAUAAUCCAAACCAAGUGCAUAUCGAGGGGCUCGACGCCCCGUCAGUGCUUUAGUAUUCAUAUAUAGACCUAGAUGCUAGCAAGUGCUGCCCAAGCUGGUUCUGAAUGGAAUACAAUAGUAAAUAUUUUUGAUAUUCGCUUAUGGGCAAACUACAGUUAAGGAUGAAUUAAUUAGAUUAAGUGUAUACAAAGUGUUAUGCAAGCUCACAUACAAAAUAAAUCUAAGGCACAAUUUAUUAUCCAAUCAAAA